AUGACUUACUUUUCCUGUUUAUUGGCAGAAAUUGGUUCGGAGUCUUGUACAAACUAUAAAUCUGUUUAUUUUCGUGCACAUUCGGAAGCUGAAGCAUUGGCUGGUUUAGUUCAAUUGGUCACAUCAAAAAGUUUAAAUAUUAUUGAACCUAUGAACAACAGUCAAGUUAAUGACAACAACAAUAAUAGUAUAUUAAAAAAUAGUCCACUUAAUGUACAUGAGAACCAUUUGCAUUUAGAGUCUUUAUUAGUUAAAGCAAUUGAUCGUAUCGAUCAACUACUGGAAAAAUACAUUACUCCUUGUUCAGAAGUAAUUCAAAAUAAACAUAGCAAUUGUAUGAAUUCUGCAAUAUGUUUACAUCCUAAAUCAGAAAAAGUUGACAACUUUCCGACAAAUCAAACCUACUUUCAUUCAAAGAAUUCAUCUAAGUUCAGUUCUUUGUAUGAUGAUAGCUAUUCAGAUGUAGAGUUGAAAAAGUUAUUGGAUCUCAAACAUGAAUACAUGAUGAAAGCCUUCCAUUUAUGCUUAGAUCAACUUCGCUUAUUGAAUGAAUAA